AUGAAUCCAAACCCAGAACAAAUCUUGGCCCUCCAAGACGGCUCCAAACUCUGUUACCAGACCUUUGGAUCACCCGACGCAAUGCCAAUUCUCUUCCUAUCAGGAGGCGGCCAGUCAAUGCUCUCAUGGCACGAGGCUUUCCUCGCCAAAAUUUGCCAAGAAGGGACGACGCCAUUCUACUUCAUCCGCUAUGACAUUCGCGAUACAGGAAGGUCUACGCAUUUCGCUCUAUUGCCCGAGGAUCGACGAACCUACUUCCUCAACGACCUGUGCAACGACGCCCUCGCUCUUUUAGACCACUUAAAGGUACAGUCCGCAAACAUGAUCGGCUUCAGUCUCGGCGGAGGAAUCGCCUGGUCUAUCGCAGUCAACCACCCAGAGCGAGUGAGAAGCCUCACACUCAUCAGCUCCAGCCCUGUUGGUCCGGGACCUGGCCCAGAGGAUAACAUCCAAGGUCUGGACCCCGAGCUACUCAAACGAAUUGCGGCAGCGCCUACACCUACCAAUUGGCACAACCGAGAGCAAGCAGUCAAGUUUCUUACAUAUUUCGAGAGUCAGAUGGCUUCUGAGCCGCUAUCUGUGGAGGAAGAACGGGAGAGUGCAGAGCGCGCCGGCUUGGCGUUUGAUCGUGCUGAAAUAGAUGGAGGAGCGGUGAAUAGCUUUUUCAACCAGCAGGCCGCGGCGUGGACGAGGUGGCCGAGAGAAGACUUGAACAAGGUCAAAUGCCCUACUGUUGUGAUUCACGGACGGAAAGAUAAAAAUGUACCGCUGCGGCAUGGUGAGGUGUUACGUGAGGAGAUUGCUGGUGCGAAGUUGGUGGUGAUUGAUAGAAUGGGACAUGAUUUGCCCAGACGGACAUGGGAUGAGGUUGUGAAGACUAUUCUUGGCGUUGUUGUUUAA